UGAGAGUGUGCAAUGCAGUGCCAGUCCUGCACAUUGACAGCACCCCGCACCCGCCGCGUCGCUCCCCAGCCGGGCGCCCUGCACUGCUCUCCGUGGAUGUGGAUGCCGGACAGUCAGGUCAGUGGCCUCCACACCCGUCACGAUGCUCCCAGGUGCACGGUACUCGCAGAGGGGGCUCUGCGCUUCUUUUCAGUCCACACUGGCGGACUGCGGCGGGCUCUUCAGUCGCCGCGGGCGGUAGCUGGGUCUCCCACCCUCCACUCCAAGCGCCGAUGAUAGGCGGAUCGUUGCACACUCCGGAACCAAGGAAGCGAACCCCGCGGCGCGCCGGAAGGUACGCGCAACGUGCCGCUGACCCGGAAGCACUCGUGGUACACCGCCCCGUUCUCGGCAGUGCGCCAUGGUUUUCCUCACGACGCGGCUCUGGCUGCGGAACCGCCUCACCGACCGCUACUGGCGGAUCCAGGAGGUGUUGAAGCAUGCCGGGCACUUCCGGGGGAGGAAGAACCGCUGCUACCGGUUGGCCAUCCGGGCGGUGACCAGAGCCUUCGUGAAGUGCACGCGAGCCCGCAGGCUGAAGAAGCGGAACCUGCGGACGCUCUGGAUUAAUCGAAUUACAGCUGCUUCCCAGGAACAUGGCCUACAGUACCCAGCAUUCAUUGUCAACUUAAUUAAGUGCCAGGUGGAGCUCAACAGGAAAGUACUUGCAGACCUGGCCAUCUAUGAACCAAAAACUUUUAAAUCUUUGGCUGCUUUGGCCAAAAGGAGGCGGCAGGAGGGAUUUGCUGCAGCCUUGGGGGAUGGGAAGGAACCCGAAGGCAUCUUUUCCAGAGUGGUACAGUACCACUGAGGGCUGUAGCACUGUGGAUGGGAAGAGGCUUUCCCUAAGGAGCAAAAUGAUAAUCUAGUCAACAGCAUGUAAGUCUGAUUUGUGUUUAUUUACAUUUCAGUACCAAACCUGAUAGUAAAGGCCUGUCUUCUGUCUUCUCAGUGGGACAGUCACCGAACUUUUGUAUAGAUUGUGCAAAUAAAGUUUUUGCAGUGUUCAAUUUGUGAGUUGUUUUCU